AUGCCGCUGCCACAUCCGCAUCUGCCUCGCCUUCCCUCGUCCAUCAGGGUGAGGAGGACAGAGACCGAUCAGCGACAGAGAGCUGCCGACGUUUUCCGCAGCCAGGACGAUGAGAGGCUGCGCGAAGAGGUCCGCCUGGCCCAGAGAGCCAUCCGCGACCAGGAAGCGGCGGGGCCCUCGUCGUCGCCCUCGCGGCAGCAGCCCCAGUUCAUCGGCGGGUCAAGCCCCGAGAAGCGCAUCAGUCGCAGCGCCGUCGAGAAGCUGGCCAUGCGGCACAAGGAGAUGCAACGCCAGCAGCGCAAGGAAAAGAAGCGCAGGCAGAGGCUCAGCUCCCACUCGACCUCUGGCUCAUCGGCCCCAUCGACGCGCACCGCCUCGCCCGUCCCCGCCUCGAUCAUCGUCGAGCCGCACGAGCUCAGCGCCGUCGCAGAAGAGACGACCCCCCGGUCCUUGGCCAUGGCCUCGGGCGCCGACCACCUCGACCCCAACUCGCUCCAGGGCCAGCACUCGUACUUCACCCCCAAACGCGGCCACUCGCUCUCGCCAAACACUGAGCUGCAAAAGGUCAGCUCACGCGGAGACGGCAGCAGCGGCAGCGGCGGCGCCCCGGCUCCUGCCGACAACCGGCCCUCGCUCGCAGCCCUCUUUCGGCCCGCCGAUGGCAUCUCACCCGGAGCGACGGGACCCGGGCCCGUUCCGGCCGCCUCCGGCGUCGCCCCCUCGGCCGCCGGGACCGCAUCGUCAGCACCACAGGAACCCCAGGCGGGUGCGCCACCCGCACACCAGCAGUGGCAGAGCUACCACUUUCCCCGGCAGCAGGACGACGGCACCGCCCGGUCCGGCCGCCCCCUCACCUUCGGACAAGGGUCCCGCGCUGGCGUCUACGGCGAGGGCGAGGGCGACGUCGAGGCGCAGCGUGGGCGCGAGAGCGACGACGACGACGACGACGGGGCCGCCGGAGAAAUGCCGACCACCGACUCGUCGACGCCCAACUCUUCUAGCAGCGACAUGCACGAGGACGAGGUGGUCGACUACCUCGACGUCGUCGACCCCGAGAUCUCGACCGUGACGACGCUUCAGAACGUCGGCAACUCGAUCUUCUUCCCGCCCAUCCCGAUGCUCUACAGCCGACGGCCCACCAUCAACCUGCCUUCGGGGGCGCCGCGUCGGCCCUCGAUCUCGCGCACCCAGACGGCGCCGGACGUGUCGCCGAGCCAGGAGGCGCGGCGGGGCUCGGACCCGUACGCGCUCGGCGGGCCAUUGGCGCCGCAGCGGUCGUCGCUGCGCCGCAACACGCUGACGCGCAUGUCUUCACUGAUGAGCUUUGGCGCGGGCAAGCCGGCGGCGCCCGAGGUGAGCGACGAGGAGAAGCGGAAGCACAUCAGCGAGUGGGCCGACAUGGACGAGGCCGAGCGCAACGAGCUCGACGAGCACGUCGAGAUGCUGCUGACGAAAAAGGCCAAGUUCAAGCGCGCCAUGAGGGGGUUUGGCAAGUACGUCCGGACGCCGAUGGGCUUCAUCCUCACGCUCUACGGCUUCCUCAUCACGUUCUGGGGCAUCGCCAUCUGCCUGUUCAUCUUCAAGUGGAUCGACGUGGGCGACAGCAACCGGCAACGCUACUGGAUCGAAAUCUGCGACCAGAUCCUCUGCGCCCUCUUUGCCGCCGUCGGCCUCGGCUUCGCGCCCUUCCGUGCCGUCGACACGUACCGCAUGGUGCAGAUCGUCCACUACCACCGGCUCACGUACAAGCGGCGCAAGGAGCUCAACCUGCCCAAGCUCAAGGACAAAAACGAGCUGCCCAGGUCCAAGCCGAGGCUCGCCACGCGCGUCACCCACGCCGCCGGGCUCGGCCGCCUCUCGGGCGCGGGCGAAAAGGCGCCGCAGGACCUGGAAGCCGCCGCCGCCCCUGCCGGCACCACGCCUGGCGCAGAGGCGCCACCUGCAGCGGGCCAUGAGCAGGGCCCGGAUCAGGGCGAGGGUCACGCGGCGGCAGCAGCACCGCCGGGCGCACCCGUCGUCGGCACCGACUACCAGCACGUGGCCGAGGAGAGCGGCAACGGCUCGGCGAGCGGGACACAGAGGAAUGGCGGGUCGAGCGAAGGAUCUUACACGUCGAUCGUCGGGCAAGAGUGCCAUCCGCUCACGACGGUGCUCAACGACGACGACGACGACGACAAUGGGGGCGGCGAGCCCGGCGACGGACGUGGUGGCGCGCGGUCGCCGGCCUCGAAGCGCCGGCACAAGCAGCACCGGCAAGGCGCGGGCAAGCACGAGCAUGGGCACCUGCGGCGGAAGCGGGUCAAGGCCAAGGUGGCCGAGCCGCUGUCGCCGAGUUACGUCGACAAGGACGGCGUCAUCCCGCUCGGGCAGCUGCGGCGCACGGCGUCGAUUGCGUCGGAGCUGCCAAAGGACCAGGAGGACGUCGUGGUGCUGUCGCCCAAGCAGCAGGCCAAUCUCGAGCACCAGCAGCGCAAGUUCCACGAGUCGCACACCUUCUACCGCUACCGCGAGACGAUCACGCACCGGCCGUUUGAGCUGCGGCUGAUGAUGGUCAUCGUCAUCCUGCUCGACGCCCACUCGUGCCUGCAGGCGUCGCUGGGAGGCACGACGUGGGGCAUCUACUACAAGAACCGGCCCACGUCGGUGACGGCCACCAUCAUCACGUUUAGCCUGAGCUGCAACAUCAUCGCCGGCAUCAUCAUCUGGUGGGGCGGGCAGCGGACCAAGAAGACGGAAGAGGUCGAGAGGCUGCUGCGCAUCGCGCUCGAGGAAGAGGCGCUGGCCAAGAUUGAACGGCGGCGCAAGCGCGCAGAGGAAAAGGAGGCCAAGGUCGUCGCGCUCGAGGGCGGCGGGCGCGGGGCGACGGUCGGCGCCGAUCCGGUCCAGGAGGCGGGCGCACCGCUGGGCUGCGUCGUCGAGGAGGACGAGAAGCCCACCUCGCCCACGUCGCCCGUGACCCCCAGGCCCAGCGGCCACUUUGGCCGGUUCAGCAGCUCGUUCAAGCGGUGA